ACUCUGACAUUCAACGCGCUGAUAGCUUAUCUUUACUGUAUUCAGCCACAAAAGAUAUUCAAGUAGCUGAGUAAUUUUUACCAUUACGAGUUAGAGAAUUACAGAUCGAUCAAAUGGAAAAACGUGCCACAUCUACCAUCCAGGUGCUCUAUGCAGAACUGGCAGCCGCGAAGUCCAGAAGUGCGGAUCUGGAGGAGGAGAACAUUUUGCUGCGCCAUCGACUGAAUCGUGCGUCUGCCAAUCACAGCAGCGAUGCGGCAAUCAAUGUGGAGGCCAAGAUCAUGGCCUUCCAGUUGGAGGAGGAACGAGAUCGUCUGGUGGAAACACUGCAGAAGCACAAGAAGAAGUACAACAAACUGCAUGACGCUUAUCUGGAGAAGGUGAAGCGCUGUCGUGCCUUGGAGGAGAUGUUUAAGCGGCAGAAGACACUUACAGGCCUGGUGAUGAAGUCUUCUUUAGAUCAAAGAAAUGCAGAGCAACGAAUGGCGUUUGAGAAAAGACAAUCGGUCCAAAACGACGCCAUUGAGUUGAACGAGCUGAAGGCCAAAGUAGAAAAACUUCAAAGAGCCCUUGAUGAGUCAUACGACAUUAUCGACGAAAUGGAUUUUGAACUUGAGAGCGUGGAAUUACUGGAAAUGCAAAACCAAAACUUACGGGACGAAUUGGCCGCCUUAAGGGAAAACUCAGUAGCAGGAGCGACCAGUCUUCCAGCUUCAACCCCCAACGAAGACGAGCCGCCGCCCAAAUAUGAGGAAGACCAUCCCGGACAGCACCAUAAGGCUAUGCAGGCCCGUCGCUGCUCCUCGAGCAGUGAGUCUGACCCAAAGGAUGACGAUGCCGACGCCGAAACCAUGGAAAGAGCUGCCCUUACCCACAGUCUCAUUCAAACGGUGGAAGCCGAGAGCAACGCCCUAAGACGGGAAUUGUUGAGAUCCCGCUGCCAAAGAACAAUAAGGGCCAAGUUGGAGAAGGAAAGCGAGGCUGCUGAAUAGAUAGUUGGCAGGAUUGACCUGUUAAAUAACUACCAGCCUAAAAUAAACUAACAACCCAUAGAUCGUAAUGACAAGUAGCCACACUAAAGCUGAUGAAACUGAUCACUGAGUGUACGCACAUGGAGCCAUAUCUAGUCCACUGGACUAACCCAGAUUCCGAGCCUAACUACGCCUAACCAGUGCACAUACCAGAGUUUGCUUUUAAGGUUCGACAAACACGCUCUGCGGCUGCGUUGAAUCAAAACUUUUGAGAUGGAGUAACCUGGUUUCUGGGACUGAGCGCGGAGGAAACUCGUCUAAUGGCGAUUAAUUAAAAUAUUUGCUAAUGCCAUCAAACGAGUUGCAAGCGGAUCACCUGCCAAAGGAUCUGGCCUCUGAGCUGUGAAGGUUCCAGCCCCCAACUCCAAUCCCCAUCAACGUGGCGCGCCAUCCAUUAACACAUGACAAUUAUUUUUAUGACUUAAUGCAGUCGGAGGCCUUGUUGCCCAAUGCCUAAUGUUGCAAAUUAUUGACAAAGUAAAUUAAUCUCCACAUUUGCUGCUCGGACCAGACAAACUAGCGCGACACCUCUAAGAUCACCAGGCUCUCCCACUUGCGGCAUAAUUUGGGUGCUUAUCGCAUGUGUGCCGCUAAAGGAAAUUAAAAUGGUCCAUGUAUACAAAACUCUAGAAGUCUUAUUAGAUUUUAGCAUAUUAAAAAUGCGUAGUAUUUUUAU